UGUCUUUAAAUGUGAUACGGUUUAAAACUUCUAAAGUAGUACUUUGUAAAGUAUAUUAGCGUUAACUUCUAAAUAUUUAUACGAGUUUAACACAGGCUAGUGUCUCCAAGCAUCAAAAGUGUAUCCGUGAAAGAAAACUAUUGAAAACAUGCCUUUGAUUUACUUCCUGGUUUACCUCAACAAAGUCGAAUAUGGAUUAUAUCGAAUCAAAUAUGCAACGGGAAGACACCCAAGAGUGGCUGAGAAAAGCAGAAAAAACGGAGAUAUCAUAAAGUUGUUAAAAGAAAUAGAAUCGCUGUGCCAGAGGUCCAAACAAUCGGAAGUUAUACUUCUUGUCGGUGACGUCGGUGCAGGAAAAAGCUCCCUGGUCAACACUGUUAUUCGAGCAUUGACGGAACAACAUCUUCCGAGGGCGAAAACUGGCAAAGGUGGCGCAGGCUCUAAAACCGUCACACUCCAAGCGUUUAACCAGUGCGGGGUCAACGCAGACGACUUUAAAGAUGACCACGAUUUGAAAGGAUUAACUGACAUGCUACCAACGCUUAUCGACUUUGCCGGCAAUUCCAUCUGUCAAAAAGAAUAUCUUGAAAUUUUAGAGCUUAUUCUUGGAGGAUACAUUCCGACCGGCACUUCAAGCAAAUUUCUCGAGGAAUAUCAGAGAGAAUUCGGCGUUGGAAAACUGUCUCGGAAGUUCAACGCAAGCGACCCUGCCAUGAAAGUGACCAAAAUAGUCUUCGUGAUAGACGCUCAAUCCUGCUCGUUGCCUAAAGCGCUUAUUGAGGGUAUACAACGUGCCAUCCAACAACAUACUGCAGAUGGACAACUGAAGUACCACUGUGAUCUUUUUGUCGUUUUGACAAAAAUGGAUGUCACAGAUCAAGAAACAAAACUUGAUUCAACUGCGUCGGUUAAACAGUCAGGUGUGUCGCGUGAAGAGAGAGAACGCGAGCUUGCUGAAAUACUUACCAUCGAAGGAGCCCUUAACGACAACCUCUUCCGAUGGACCAGUUACCAUGACAAAAAUACGGAGCAAAGUCCUCAGAUUGACAUCGUGGCUCUUACGUUUUUGAAAACCAUGAUGCAACAAAGACCGACAGUUGCCCGAUCAAGCGUGAAACCAAAAGCACUGUUGCCCAAAGAGUUUAUUCAAAUGAGAGUUGAAAAAAUAUUGGAUGAUGCUUGGACAUACGGCUGUAGAAAUUGGAACAGUCUCGACCAACAAACACAAUUCAUAGUUUGGGCCGUGCUUGCAGGGUGUUUUAUCAUCUUCCUCCUAAGCCUUUCUUAUGCAUAAUUUAUUUUGGUAUUUUAGGCGUGACGUUCGAUAUGCCUGUUUAUAACUUUGACAUAAUUCAAUAAAACAAUGUGUUUUUCAACAGUUCGAUUGAGCAUUGUUUACACAAUCGUAUUACAUUGAAAUCGAGAUGGGGACGCAGUCGACAGCUAAGCGUUAGAUGGAUGUAACUCCAUAUAAAUAUAAAAGUAGUAACUACUAUCUUGCGCAAAGAUUUCAAUUAGUGUGAUGAUCGAAAGGUACUUGUGCAAAUUAUUUGUGAAAUGUACUCACAAAUUGAAUUCUUAUAAGAAAUUGUUUUAAACGUUAAUUUUACAUGGAGUAUAAAAAUUCUCUUAUAUCAAUACGACCUAAAAUUAAACAAAGCAUUUAAACUAAUUAAUACUGAAUUUGGUAAUGCUAUACAAAAAGAUAUUUAAUUAGGAUUUUUAUUCCUUCAUAUGACCAUUUGUAAGAUACACUCCAAUUGUCGUAAUAUGUUUUUACGAAAAGGAGUGCUGAACAACGCAUUUAUUUUUUAGAUAUCCACACCUAUAGGAUGUGGUCACCUGCCUUAAGCAGCCAAUAUGGGUGUUUUCCAUAGUUGCUUCUUAACACAUGUUCAACCGUAUACAAUGAUUCAAUAAUUCUAAGCCAAUAUAUGGACCCAGGCUUUGCAUUCUCUUACCCAAAAGGCUCAUCCACACUUUUUAGCAAAAUGCUUGGCAAACAAAUUCUGCUAUGUGUGAAUAGAUGUUUUAUAUUUUUCAUGAAAGAAGAAACUUGCCUUAAUUUUGAUGGUGAAAUGCAGAAAAUGUUUGAUGAGCUUACUAUACCCUUAUCUUAUGAUGACAUUGUUUAUGCUUGUAAAACGUUUUAUGUUACCCGAGUUGUAUAACAUAGGUAAUACCUUAAUGGAAAUACGGUAUAGAGCAUGAAGUGUUUUAGUCUUGUUCAUAUACUCUUCUUAACAAAAUAUUUGAUAUGAAAUACCUCCCUGAAAAGUUGAUGAGGAGAAUGUUAAAACUUAUGGUGGAAUUACAUUGUUUAAUAAGAUUGAAAAAUGGGAAAGCUGAUCGGAAUUGUAAAUAAUAUGUUAUGGUUACAUAGUAUAAUAGAUCAUUUUGUUAAACUAUAUGGAAAAAAAAACAGUUUGCAACUUUAUUUGACUUUACCAAAGCAUUUGAUUACGUCGUUAGAGAUAACAUAUUUUAUAUAUACGAGUAUAUAAACUUUUAAAAGAGGAAAAAUAUUACAUCUGGUUAAAUAAAUGUAUGAUUGUGUUAUAUCAGGGGUAAGAAAUAAAUGACGUCCUAAGUAUACUUGGUCUUAGACAGAGUCAGUUUUUGUCACCUUUCUUGUUUGGUAUAUACUGAAAUGAUAUAGAAGGAUAUUUUAUGCUUAAUAUCUUUGAGGGUGUUUAAUUAGAUGUACUGAAAAUGUUUCUCUUAGUGUGUGUUGAUGAUAUAGUUAUUCUAUCAGAAUCUAAAAGUGAGUUCACAAAUAGUUUGUUUUUGCUGUUUGUUGAUCACUGUAAUGAAUGGAAACGUAGUGUUGAUGUAAAUAAAAUAAAUGUAAUGAUUUUAAAAGAAAGUGUUGAAUUCUAAGGGGAAAUGUAAGAUUUGUAUCCAGGGCAAGUGUAAGCCAUUGUGAAAACAAAAUUACUUAGGAAAAGUGUCUACUAAUGUGUCAUUCAUUUGCUACACUUUUGAAACCUUGUAAACGGGAUGAGACGGUAGGUCAUUUCUUGUCUUCGUUUGAAAAGCUAAUGUAUACUUGUUAAAGUAUUGCUGUGAAGUUUUGGGUUUACAAGCUGGCAUUAAGAUAAUAAGAGUUCAUCUAAAGAACAGAACAGAACAGAAAGAUGAUUUUUUUGGAUUUAAACAUAUUGUUUCUCAUCCAUACACAUAAUUAUAACACAAAAGGUUGGUAAAUAAAUACAAAUAAUACAAAAAAAAACAUUUUAAGACAAACAAGCGUAAUUUAAGGAUAGUAUUUGUAAGCGAAUUUCUUAUUUCAAUAGCUUUGCUUAUAUAAGAACACAAUCGAUUGAACACCGAUCUUUUAUUUGAGGAGUUAGUGGUUUCUCAAGUGUAAUGUCAUGUAAGAAGUAAAGAAUACAAGACGUUUAGGUUAAAAAAAUCAAACAAAAAAUUGCCCGAUUCUUCAAUGGCGUUAUUUUAUAUGAACAUUUUUAAUUUUAAAUCCAAACCCUUCCGUAAGUGUGUUUAUGUACAGAAAUUCAGAAUUGCUUUUAGCCCGUUGAGAUUAUCGUCACUAAAUAUAGAAGUUGCUGGGUGGAAUAAUACAGUUUUGGAACACAGAAUUUGCCCACAUUGUAAUGUUUUAGAAGAAGAAGAAGUUCAUGUUUUGAUCGAAUGCAGCCUCUAUACAAGUAUAAGAUCUAAAUAUACUCCCCGAUUUGAUCGUACUCAUUAAGAUUUGUAUAGAACUGUUGAAUACAGAAAAUAUGGGUUUGUUAAAGAAUCAUUCUACUUUCGAGUAUAAAGCAUUUGCUUAGAGAAUGGAUUUUAUUACUUUACAAACAUGAUUUAUUAAAUGAUUAAGUACCAACAGUUAGAUAGUUGUAAAAUGAUUCGUACGUAAUAUUUUGUCUGAGAUUGAGUUUAAAUUUUCGCUUCUACAUAAUAUGUUACCUAUUUGUUUCUAGUCAUAUAUAGUAAACCGCUAAGCAAAGGUUUGAUAAUGAAAAAUUAUCAUGGGCUAUCACAGUCUACUUUAUUGAUGUAUAUAUGUGUGAUGUUAUGUGUGGAAAUAAACUUGUGUUCUGUUCUGUCCUGA